AAGUAUGAAGAAUUCAGACGGUGGAGUCUUUUGCAUAACGAGGGUGUGAUAGUGCGGACGAAAAGCUUCACCUUUACCUCUACAAAGACUGAUUCAGAAUUUCGAUCGAAAGGCUAAGACCUUCGAAUUCUAUCAGAAUUCAGUAUCUGUGAAAAACCCAGAUGAAAUUCUCGGCAGUUUCAGUCUUCCUCCUCCUCCUCCUCCUUCUCCAAUGGCUCCCACUUCUCCGUUGCGACGGCGGUUACGAUGAUGCGCCUCCGACCGUCUGCAUCGUAGGAAGCGGGAUCGGUGGCGCAUCCGUCGCCUACUUCCUCCGUAACUACUCCGUCUCCGGCGAUGGAGCCCGGAUCCUGAUGUUCGAGCGCAACGGCGUCGUCGGCGGACGCAUGGCCACCGUUACCAUCGCCGGCGAGACGUUCGAGGCCGGAGCUUCGAUUCUUCACCCGAACAACUACCACGCUCGGAACUUCACCGAGAAGUUUAACCUGAAGAUCCGAUCGCCGUCGUCGUCGUCGUCGGAUGAUUCAUCGCUCGGAAUCUGGAACGGGAGGGAGUUUAUCUUCAAGACGUUAAGAGCUAGUUUCAAGUCUCCACUGUUGAACUGGAUCGUCUCGUUGAUGAAUGAUCUGUACAUCUUCAUGCGUUAUGGGUUCUCGAUUUUCAGGAUGGAUGCUUUCAUUAAGAUUAAAGGUGUAAGAGUGGCUAGAUGCAGAUUUGGAUUUCUGAGCAAACAAAUGUUCGGAUCGCGUGCAGAGUGCAGACUGAUCAAAGAUGCUGUGGGUAAUUUCUUGAAGUACUAUGAAAGUCCUGAAACAAGACCCGUCUUUGAUACAGUUGAGGAGAUGCUAAAAUGGUCAGGCUUGUACAAUCUCACGAGGCGGGCUCUCCUGGAGGAACUAUCUGAUGCUCAGAUGUCUCCUUUAUUAGCCAAUGAGCUCAUUUCCGUCAUUACAAGGAUAAACUAUGGACAGAAUUUACUCAUCAGUGGACUUGCAGGUGCAGUCUCCAUGGCAGGUUCAGGUGGAGGAUUAUGGGCUGUUGAAGGUGGGAAUUGGCAGAUGGCUGCCAAGCUGAUUAAUCAUUCGGACGCCAUGUUACACCUAAACGAGAGAAUUGAAUCCAUCUCAUACCUCGGUAAAUAUUACGAGCUUAACUCCACAAAAGGAGGCAGCUACAUAUGCAAUGUUACAGUGGUUGCUACACCACUUGAUGAAGUGGAUAUUCAGUUCUCACCUCCAACCUCUAUACCCAAGGGAGAACUACAGCACACACAUGCAACAUUUGUCCGAGGACUUUUAAACCCGGGAUAUUUCAGGCUGAAAUCUGUCUUGGAUAUACCAAAGCUGGUGGGAACCGUUGAAGACCCGGAAAUUCCAUUCUCUAGCAUCUCAGUCCUCAAGAGACACGAUGACAACGAUAUGACCUACAAGAUAUUUUCGCGCAAACCUAUGUCAGACGCCUUGCUGGAUGACCUCUUCAGUGUGAGAAAAGAGACAGUUCAUAUAGACUGGGCUGCAUAUCCCAAGUACCAUGCGCCUGAGGUUUUCGCACCAUUUGUAUUGGACGGCAACCAUCUGUACUACGUGAAUGCAUUUGAAAACGGGGCAAGCACCAUUGAGAUGAGCGCAGUGGCGGCUGAGAAUAUGGCAAGACUCAUUAUCUCCAGAUUUCCUACAAAGAGAUCAUCUUCCACGAGCAUUUCAGAGGGCAAGAGUUCUUCAGACACAAGAAGCUUUCACUCAGAGCUAUGAACUUAGGAUGCCCGAACAGGAACAAUGCAGGUAUCAAAAGCUCAGGGCAAUGUAUAUAUAUAGUUUACAGGACAAAGAAUGAUUGUAAAAACUGAAACUGCUUUUGAUGUUUAUGUUUGUAUCAUAGACAGCUUUUUUUUCGGUUCUGGUUCUGAUUCU